GCGUUUUUUCGCACAGUUCAUUUUUACUUGAUUUCUGUGUUCUGUUAACAGCUUUUGACGUUAACCUGAAAAAAUUGAUCAAAAAUGAGAAUUUGUAUUCUGAUAUUUCUUGUGUUCGUUUCCUUCGUCUUCUCACAGAUGAUACCACCAAACCAGUUGGCCACCCUGAUGCGCUACCACAAGGAGUGCCAAAGGAAAACAGGGAUCUCUGACAACGUAGCCAUGGGAAUUGCAGCAGGCAAGUUUCCCAACGACCCAGUGCUGCAAAACCAUCUUUUCUGCAUCCACCAGAAGCUGGGUUUCCAAGAUCAGAACGGAAACUUGCAGAAAAGUGUUAUCGCUUCCACUAUUCAACUUGCCCUACCCACUUCCAUGAAUGCGCAGGAUAUGGUGGAUACCUGCGCUGUGCAGAGUGGCUCUCCUGGUCAGACUGCCCUGGAUAUGGAUCGGUGUAUGUUCGGGAUAAUAAGGGGUAGCCAGGGAUAAGUUACCAGAAAGGAGAUGAACAUAUUAUGUGUUAUUAAGUUUAAUAAAACAUUGAUGCAUAAAAA